AGUGAUAUAUUUAUUAUGUUCCAGAAAUUUAUUAUAUUUAAAUUUAUUAUAUUUAACUCCAUCACAAACCAGUCCAUUUAUAAUGGCUUCCAUUAGUCAAGCAUAUUCCUUUCUUGGACAAUUUCAUCUGCAGAGGGUCAGUAUUUUGGCCAUUUAUAAUACCAGAAAUGUGAGAAACGUCCAUGAUGGAGCAAUUGAUUGCUCCUCAUCCAAAAGCAGAAUGUAUAAUCCCAUGCUACGACUGCCUGCCAUGGCUGCCAAGGCUUCAAGAUAUAACUGCCGCUCCCUGAGGACAAGCUCAGAAGCUGCUGCUGGUGCUGUCACUGCCAAGCCUUCACCUGUGAGGAAAGAAAGCCUGAAAGAAUUUUCUGAAAUUCCUGGCCCUUCACCACUUCCCCUUGUAGGCAACACUCUCUUCAUUGUCACUCAUAAGGAAUUUGACCCUAGCAACUACUACAAGUUUUGGGGGGCUCUUGUACAAGAAUAUGGCAGCAUUUUCAAGCUCCACAACAUUGGCAUGCCCCCCAUUGUGGGCACCACCAACCCUGAUGACAUUGAGGUCUUCCUUAAGAGUACUUUGGAGAACCCUAUCCGCUUGGGCUUUGACAGCCUCAAGAGCGUCCGGCUGCGUGCCAAAGACAACUACUUUGACAAAAAGACCGGCCUCCUACCCGAGAACGGCGAUGAGUGGUGGCGGCUCCGUAGCCGCGUGCAGGUGCCGCUGCUGCGCCCCAAGAACGUCGCCAUGUACCUGCCUGCUGUGGACGGCGCCACCAACAAGUUCAUGGACAGGAUCGACCUACUGCAGGCCGAGACCGGCCAAGUUCCUGCAGACUUCCUGCAGGAGCUCUACAAGUGGGCCCUGGAAUGCAUUGGGCUGGUGGCGCUGAACCGUGAACUGGGCUGCCUGGAGCCCAACAUCAGCCCAGACGCGCUGCCCGUGCAGCUCAUCCGCCACGUCAACGACCUCUUCUCCGCCCUCAACGAAACUGAAAUGAACUUCCAUUUAUGGAAGUUUUUCCGCACGGCGUCGUACACGAAACUCGAGACGUCGCACGCCGCCUUCCUCGAACUCGCGGCUGGGGCGAUGCGGGAGGCGGAGGCCCGCUUGGAGGAGGCCAAGGCCACGGGAGACCCCGACCGCCAGCUCACCAUCAUGGAGACCUUCCUAAACACGGAAGGCCUCAGCCGCAGCGAUGUUGCUACCAUGAUCCUCGACAUGCUUUUUGCCGGCAUAGACACGACUUCUCACACGGUGGGCUUCGCCCUGUACCUGCUGGCGCGUAACCCUGAGGUGCAGCGGAGCCUGCAGCGGCAGGUGGACGCCGUGGUGAGGAGGGGCGAGCCCCUCACGCCUGAGCACCUCGCCGCCCUCAGCUGCAUCGUCAACGCCGUCAAGGAGACCCUCAGACUGUACCCCCUGACCUUCGGCAACGCUCGUGUAUUGACGCACGACGUCGUCAUGUCUGGCUACAAGGUCCCCGCCGGGAUGCUGGCCAUGGGCUUCAACGCCGUGAUAUCCCGCAUGGAGGAAUACUUUCCUCGGCCCCUCGAGUUCCUGCCGGAGCGGUGGCAGCGCGACCGCCCCUACGGCGCCAUCCAUCCCUUCGCGUCGCUGCCCUUUUCCCACGGCACCAGGAUGUGCAUCGGCAAGCGUCUGGCCGAGCAGGAGAUAUACACCUUCCUCAUCAGGAUGCUGCAGAAGUACACGGUGACGUUCGAGUCUGACGAAGAGAUGGAGGUGAAGACGCAGCUUGUCCUCAAGCCCGCCACUCAGCUCGCCUUUAAGUUCCACCCGAGGAACUGAUUCGCCCUCUCGAAUUGCGUGCCAAUCUUGGCUUACGUUUCGUGGCAAGCUGUCACCAACGCGUCCCCGUAUCGUGCUGUCAACAGCGCCUCAUGCUACAGACAAACCACAAGUGCCUUCGUCUUUCAACAUCAACUGUUCCUGCAAUGCACUGCCUACCUGCGUUGCACGAGCGGACGGCACCUAAUAAUCUUGUUAUAUAUAAUCAAUAAAAGGCGACCCGUUUAAUUGGAUAAAUAAAUCUUUGUAUGGGUCAAAAAUUAGUCUUCAGAUAUUAAUAUUGCAAAUUUUUGAUAUCAUCUUGGAGCAUUGGCAUUGGUUGUGAGGUGAUAAGCCGGAGAGCCGGUGACUUUAUGGGAAUAUAUGUAAUCGUCAUUCUUAUCCCGGCAGGUAGGCUUCCUGUAUUAUAUUAAUGAGCAAAUCUUAGUUAUUCUUCGCAGUACAAACGAUUUUAUUAACUAAUUUUAGCUCAAACAUAAUUAGCCUAUGCCCUGAGAGUGCGAGUGGCACACAAACAACUGAAUUCUCUCAUUAUGCAAGUCGACAAAACUGGACCAUGACCGCUAUUCGACUAUAAUAUUAUUUGUCACAUUUUAAAUUAUGUUAAUUAUUUGAGAAUAUUCACGUGUAGGGCUCCCUGGAGAUUAUUUUGCCGUGCCCCAAGCAGUUGGUAGUGCAAUAAAUUUAUCUGCCGCAUUUGUCAUGCCUGAUCACUAGUUCUUGCUGAGCUGCCUUGUUCUGUUCAUGCUCUGGGGCAAAUUUACGUCGUCGUUCCUAACCGGAAUGAAUCAUCUGUAAAAUUAUUAAUAGAAUUGACAAUUAGUAGUGGUAGUAGGAAAAGGUUUGCUAGCGCUUCAGAUAGCUUAUCUAUUUCACGCCGGAGCCCUGCCAUAAUAAUUUACUUAUAGUAACUUGCUAUGAACGGUGGUUAGUAUGGGUCCUAACGAUGCCUGUCCGGCGCGCUUCUGUAAGCGUGCCCAGAAAAGAGGCUUGCUAUGUUUUCUUCUUAUCCUAAAUUAAAUUAGAAUUUACAUUUUUAAUAUGUUUAGUAUUUUCUAUCUAAUAGUUAUCUUUGUAUGGACUCGGAAGACUCGCCCCACUGCCUGAUAUAAUCAACUGAAGGAGACUGAACUGAAGAAUGUAAAGCUUAACUAUAUAUAUAUAUAAUAUAUACUACUAUUUGAUAUGUAAGAGUAACCAUCAUAUGCUAUUGUUAUGUUAGAAAUUAAGCUGUGUUCCAGCGUCGAACGUUACUUUUACCAAUAUUUUAUAUUCACACCAAAAAAGCAUUUCUGAAAUGACUUCUCUUGUUGUGUCGUUGAACAUUUAUUGUUAAUCCAUCUAUAUAUUUUAUUAGUGGGUAAACGGCGGUAUUUUGUAAUCUGUAUCAGUGCACUAAAUUCAAACGAGUUAUCGUAACAAAAUAUAAGUUUUUAUUAUU